GCGCCCACGCCCCCAACCCCGCCCCCUUCUCCUUCCCUCAGAUCUCGAUCUGCCGCCGCCCCCAACCCCACCCCCACCGCCACCAUCGAUGACCCUCACCGUAGACGAGGUCGAGGCCGACCCAAGAUCGAGCCCAUGCCCAGAGCCGCCCCCAAGAUUCGCAGGCAACCCCACGCCAAUCAGGACCUCGAUCUGGAUCGAGCAGGCGCUCUCCACCGACGGGGCUUGGGCUGGCCGGCGUCCCACAUUGACGUCCUCCUCCCUCCCGCUCCCGACAACGCCCUCGGUCUCCGCAGCCGGCCUCACCGCCAUAGUCACAGGUACUUUUCCUCACCCUUCUCCCUUUCUUGGUCCUCUCCUCUCUGCUCUCUCUCCCCCGUUUGGCUUUGACUCACUGGAUUCGCUACUGCUGGGAGGUGCAUCGAGCGGGAUCUGCGUGGAGAUGGCGCGGGUGCUGGCGGCACGCGGGGCGCGGCACCCACGUCGUCAUAGCCGCUUGGAACCUCACCGCCGCCGAGACCAUGCGCCAGGCCGCAACUUCAUAGCCGACUUCGCUGACAGGGGCCUACCGCUCAACAUCCUCCUGUUGCUGACUUUGGUCUGGCCAAGAUCCAGCACGAAUAUGACACAACCAUGUGUCUAUGCUGGUGAUGGGGACUUUCGGCUGUUUACAUGGCGGAGCGGUCCACAGACGUUUCCUUUAUGCAGCAGUUUAAGUUGCUUCCAAUUAAAUCUGCUGUGA